GACGUGGCCAAGGAACGUCCCAACGUCUCGUUUCAGCAGACCGGGGCGAUUCAAACAGGGCUAACCGGCUUUGUUCGUAGCUUAGUUCAGAGAGUCUUUCAUUUCAACGAGCCUCUCUACAAGUUUGACACCAUCAUGUCUGGGAAAACCAAGAACCGGAGCGCCGCGAACGCAGAGUCGAUAACCGGCGGUGUGUCCUGCGAUGAGCGCAUCUUGCGGGAUUGUCAUCAACUGUACACGGAUCCGGACAGUGGGCUGAUCUCGGUAGCCGAAUCUGUUAAUGUGAAGUUGCUGCCGCCCAGGAAAAAGAUCACUGUGAUGCUGAUGGGCAACCACUCUGCUGGGAAAAGCUCCUUCAUCAACUGGUAUGUGGAAGAGCAUAUCCAGCGCACUGGAGUGGCUAUUGAGACCCAAGGCUUCAACUUCAUUACAAGUGGGCGCAAGAGAGAAUCUCUCACAGGAAACGCAACCCUUCAUCUAUAUCCACACUUCAAGCCUCUGCAAGAGUUCAAAGGGGUUUCGGAGUACUUGAGCACAGAGAUCUGCACGUCACGUCAGAAACGGUUCAGCCUGGUGACAUUUGUGGAUUCUCCGGGGUUGGUGGACGGUGACAUGAAGUAUCCGUUUGACGUGGACGAGGUUAUCAUGUGGCUGGGCGAUCUCUGUGACCUGGUUCUGGUCUUCUUCGACCCCAUGGGUCAGGCUCUGUGCAAGCGCUCCCUCAACAUCGUGGAGCGUAUGAACGAGAAACAUGGAGAUCGGCUGCGAUUCUACCUGAGCAAGGCAGACGAGGCCGGGGGGGAGUCGGACAGACAGAGAGUAAUGAUGCAGAUUGUCCAGGAGCUCUGCAAGCGACCGGGACUCAACAAAUGUGGUUUUGACAUGCCCACUAUCUACAUUCCUAACCCAAAUAAGCCAAGUCGCUGUGUAAACCAGAUCGAGGAGGUCUGUCGCACCAUCGAGAAAACCAUCAACCAAACGGUCCAGAACACACUGAACUCCCUGGAGAAGGACUGUGAGCUCAUCAGCGAGGCCAUCACUGACACGCUCGGUAACGACAGGCACACCAGUGCUAUGAACCGGCGGGCGCGCUGUAAGAGCUGCCUCCUCACUCUGCUGGGCUUCACCAUCCCUCUGGCUCUGAUGGCGUUGCUGGUGCUGGGCAUUCUGUCCCAGGAGCUGCUGGAGGUGGCUCUGGGCCGCGAGGGCACAGAGACGCUCUCCCUCUACCUGUCUCCGGUGGUCAAAGUGUUUGACUCGCUGUCUGUGGAGCAGCGUCUUUACGGCUGUGGAGGAAUGGUCCUGCUCUCCUUCCUCCUGCUCAUCAUCGCCCGCUUCGCCUUCAGGACUCGACCGACUCUUUCAGGCAAACAGAAAAGACAACUGCAGGAGAAGCUGGAGUACAUUCAGGAGGUGGUCAAGAGCAAGAAGAAAAAGCUGUAUGAAGAAUACCUUCGGCAGAGUGUCAGCGAUCACGACAUGGACUUGUAAAGACGGACGGAGACGGAGACGACGAUUCAGCAUCCCGACACCGACGCUGGAUCAAAUGAAAUAGAAGCUUUGCCGAGGUUUCACUCCGGCCGUCGUGUACCUCCGACCCCUCGAUGCUGCGUCUCGUUGUGCGGAUGUAAAUAAUAAGCACAUGGUACGCUCGUAGAAACCCAUCACAGAUCUGGUGCUCUGGAUAAUGUAAAGCCCCGUUUACCUUUUUAGAUGUUGCCUCUGUGAACACACUAACUGCAUAAUAGUUUGGAAAUGAGCUCUUGUUACUGAUUACUUGUUGUGAGCAUUUCUAUACAUGUAUUUCGUGCCUCUGCUCCAGUCAAAAUAAUUCAGGCUCAUACCACUCUAACAUGUUUAAAACAUUUGCAAACUAUUUAUAACGUUCCUUUAUGAGUCACUUUGAAUACAU